GGCGGCUGCGGCGGCUGUGGCGCGAGCUGGCACCGGGGCGCCCGCACGGCUCCGGCGGCCUGUUGAGCCUCCCACCCGCCUCCAUAAGGCUUUGCCUUUCCAACUUCAGCUACAGUGUUAGCUAAGUUUGGAAAGAAGACCAAAAGAAGACGCACGGGCCGCUUUUCUUUUGUUGUUUACCGCAGUAGUCGUUGGGGUCUUUUUGCACAAGGCUGUUGUGUUCCUAGUGGUGCUCUCUUCAGUCCCAUACACUCCUGUUAACAAGGACCUCAGGAAGAGCAGCAGCAGCAGAAGAGCAAAUCGGGGCGCCUGGUGUCAUGACCAGGGCCAGCGAGCAAACCCGCCGGGAAGGAUGCUGCGGAUCCUUCACAAACUACCUGACCUCUGCAAAAUUCCUCCUCUACCUUGGUCAUUCUCUAUCUACAUGGGGAGAUCGGAUGUGGCACUUUGCAGUGUCUGUGUUUCUGGUAGAACUCUACGGAAACAGCCUCCUCUUGACUGCAGUCUACGGGCUGGUGGUGGCAGGGUCUGUUCUGGUCCUGGGAGCCAUCAUUGGCGAUUGGGUGGAUAAGAAUGCCAGACUUAAAGUGGCACAGACUUCCCUGGUGGUGCAGAAUGUUUCGGUCAUCCUGUGUGGAAUUAUCCUGAUGAUGGUUUUCUUACAUAAAAAUGAACUUCUGACCAUGUACCAUGGAUGGGUUCUUACUUCCUGCUAUGUCAUGAUCAUCACUAUUGCAAAUAUUGCAAAUCUGGCCAGUACAGCAACUGCAAUCACAAUCCAGAGGGAUUGGAUUGUUGUUGUUGCAGGAGAAGACAGAAGCAAAUUAGCAGAUAUGAAUGCCACCAUACGAAGGAUUGACCAGUUAACCAAUAUUUUGGCCCCCAUGGCUGUCGGCCAGAUUAUGACCUUUGGCUCCCCAGUCAUUGGCUGUGGUUUCAUUUCGGGAUGGAAUUUGGUAUCCAUGUGUGUGGAGUACUUUCUGCUCUGGAAGGUUUACCAGAAAACCCCUGCUCUAGCUGUGAAAGCUCUUCCUAAAGUAGAGGAAGCUGAGUUGAAGCAGCUGAAUUUACACAAAGAAACUGAGCCAAAACCCCUGGAGGGAACUCAUCUACUAGGUGAGAAAGACCCUAACAUCCGUGAGCUUGAACCUGAACAAGAGCCGAGCUGUGGCUCCCAGAUGGCUGAGCCCUUCCGCACCUUCCGAGAUGGCUGGGUCUCCUAUUACAACCAGCCAGUGUUUCUGGCAGGCAUGGGUCUCGCUUUCCUCUAUAUGACUGUCCUGGGCUUUGACUGCAUCACCACAGGGUACGCCUACACUCAGGGGCUGAGUGGGUCCAUCCUCAGUAUUUUGAUGGGUGCCUCAGCCAUAACUGGAAUAAUGGGAACAGUGGCUUUUACUUGGCUUCGUCGAAAAUGUGGCUUGAUUCGGACUGGUCUGAUCUCAGGAUUCGCACAGCUUUCCUGCUUGAUCUUGUGUGUGAUCUCCGUGUUCAUGCCUGGAAGCCCCUUGGACUUGACUGUAUCUCCCUUUGAAGAUAUCCGAUCUAGGUUCAUUCAAACCGAGUCCAUGCCUGAACUUACACCCACAGAAACACCUGAAAUCACCCUCACAACUGAAGUGCACAUGUCAAAUGGGUCUAACCCAGCUAAUACUUUCUCAGCAAUGACUGCUAACUCUGAGUCCAUGAUCUCCGUCAGUCUGUUGUUCGCAGGCGUCAUUGCUGCUAGAAUCGGUCUUUGGUCCUUUGAUUUAACUGUGACACAAUUGCUUCAAGAAAAUGUAGUCGAAUCUGAAAGAGGCAUUAUAAAUGGUGUACAGAACUCCAUGAACUACCUUCUUGAUCUUCUGCAUUUCAUCAUGGUCAUCUUGGCCCCCAAUCCUGAAGCUUUUGGCUUGCUUGUAUUGAUUUCGGUCUCCUUUGUGGCAAUGGGCCACAUCAUGUAUUUCCGCUUUUCCCAAAAAAUGCUGGGCAACCGGCUGUUUGUCUGUGGUUCUGAUGAAAAAGAAGUUAUGAGUGAAAAUCAAAUUAAUACAUCAGCUGUGUAAGACAGUUUUCGCUGUUGCUGUCCCUGUUACAAGAUUGUAUAGAGUACAUGUGCUUAUUUUGUACUUAGAUUUCCAAUAAAAGUCUGGGUGUUUCUCUCUGGUUUUACC